UGUUGUACCGCGAACAGUUUUGUAGUCACUGCCCAUAAGGCCAAGGUGGGGACCAGACCAGGUCAGAAGUGUAGAUGUCAGAAGGGAGUUGGCGCCAAAAAGAAACUCCAGUAGACCAAAAUGAUUGUCCUAAUGAGUUAUGGCCUUCGGAGGCUCCUGCAGAGCCACACAGCUCCAGCGGUACCUCCUACCCGGAAACUUGUCCACGCCCUACUUGGGCUCCGCCUUGAGGCGGCAGGACUCCAGAGCGCCUUCCACGCCACUCUCUGGACUGUACCCAUGGCCACCUGCAAGGAGGUGAAUGUGUCCGGCUUCGAGGAGUUCGACCAGGCUGUGAAGGAGCACAAGGGCAAGACAAUUUUUGCCUACUUCAGCGGCUCUAAGGAUGCAGAAGGGAAGAGCUGGUGCCCGGACUGCGUGGAAGCUGAGCCAGUGGUUCGAGAGGGGCUGAAGAGUGUUACUGAAGACUGCGUGUUCAUCUACUGCCAAGUAGGAGACAAAUCUUACUGGAAAGACCCAAAUAAUGACUUCAGACAACAACUGCAAGUAACUGCAGUGCCUACACUACUUAAAUAUGGAACCCCUCAAAAACUUGUGGAAUCUGAGUGCUCUCAGGCCAACCUCGUGGAAAUGAUAUUCUCUGAAGAUUAAGAUUUAAUGAUAGCACUUUGUGAUGGUAGACCAUGCUUUUAAUCCCAGCACUUGGGAAGCAAAGGCAGGUGGAUAGGCGAGUUCAAGGCCAGCAUGGUCUACAGAUCGAGUCCCAGGACAGCCAGGGAUAUACAAAGAAACCUUGUCUCCAAAAACAAACAAACAAGAUUUGAUGAUCACAAUUGUGUGUUGAUUUCCUGGUUUGCUUAAAAGAAGCCACAUACUUGCUUUGAAUUGAUCAGUGUAUGUCUAAACAAUAAAGAAUUAAAAUACAAACCUCCAA